AUGGCUGUAGAGUUGGUGGUUGGACCUAUUGUCUCUGCUUCUGUUGAGUUUUUGCUGAAGAAGAUCGUUUCUUCUAAUGUGGCGAGCUUCUUGAGGGGAAAGAAAGACUCUGGUUUCGAUAUGCUUCUUGACAAACUAGAGACUACGCUCCUAUCUCUUGCUGAGGUGCUUGGCGACGCGGAGCUGAAGCAGUUCACAAAUCCCAGAGUUGAGAAGUGGCUGGACAAGCUUCAAGAUGCUGUGGAUGAUGCGGAGGAUCUCUUUGAGGAAAUUGAAUAUGAUGCACUCAAACUCGAGGUGGAAGCCGAGUCAGAACCCGACAAGUCCAAGGUAAGCAAAUUCAUAUCUAGUUUCAACUCAGCUGAUCAGGAUAGGAAGGCAGAUAUGGAGAAGCUUCUUGAGAGGUUGGAUACUUUUGAAAAAAAGAGGUAUAUCCUUGAUCUGCAAAAGGGUGUGGAGAAGAUCCAAUCGCAGAGACCACCUUCAAUAUCUUCCAUUGAUGAUUCUGAAUUUUUUGGUAGAGAUGAUGAAAAGAAAAUUUUGAAAGGGAUGCUGCUGUCAGAUGAUGUGGGUGGUGAAAAGAUAUGCGUGAUUCCAAUAGUGGGCAUGGGUGGGAUCGGAAAAACUACUCUUGCUCAAGCACUUUAUAAUGAUGAUGAAGUUAGCAUUCAUUUCGAAUUCAAAGCAUGGGUUUGUGUCUCAGAUGAAUUUGAUGUUCGUAAGGUAACGAAAAAUGUCCUUGAAGCAGUAAUUGAAGAUGCUUGUGCUGUUGAGAACUUAAAUGUGUUGCAAGGGAAGAUACAAGAAAAGUUGAAGGGAAAGAAGUUCUUGAUAGUUUUGGAUGAUGUGUGGAAUGAAGAGUAUAGUUUCUGGGAUACGAUGAGGAUGCUUUUCAAAGUCGGAGCCCAAGGUAGCAAGAUAAUCGUCACAACAAGAAGUGAAAUAGUUGCUUCAAUCAUGGGAACCACUGCAUCUCGCCAUCUUGAAGAGUUGAAGGAAGAAGCUUGCUUUAAGCUGUUUGUGAAGAUUGUGUCUGGCAAUAAAGCAUUUACUGUGGAAUCAGACUUGGGAAGAAUGGGCAAAGACAUUGUUAAGAAAUGCAAAGGCUUGCCAUUGGCUGUGAAAGCACUUGCAAGUCUCUUGCGCUUGACGGAUGUUAAGGAAUGGAAAAGAAUAGCAAAUAGUGAUGUUUUGGAUUUGCCAAUUGGAGGGAAAAAUAUUCUUCCAGCUUUGAGAUUGAGUUACCAUUAUCUGCCUUCCCACUUGAAACGAUGCUUUGUUUAUUGUUCUUUGUUCCCCAAAGACUAUGAGUUCAGUAAGGAGCAAUUGGUCUCUCUGUGGAUGGUAGAUAAUCUAUUGGAGCAUUCAAGUGGGAAUAGGACGCUGAAAGAAGUGGGAUUCGAGUAUUUUGAUGAUCUAGUGUCCCGAUCAUUUUUUCAGCUUUUGAGCAAACGUUACUCUUACUCAAAAGACUGUUUUGUGAUGCAUGAUCUUAUGGUGGACUUGGCUAUAUUUGUAUCUAGAAAAAAGUUUGUUUACAUAGAGCAGGACAAGCCAUAUGAAAUUGGAUUGAUGAAGCAGACACGACACAUUGCAUUUGACAGGAACAAAUGCCAUAAUUUCCAUGAGAUGAUUUCAGAGGCAACUUGUUUGCGCACCUUUUUACCUGUUGUCAAAUACUUGUUCCCUUCAGAGAUAGGAUUGCAAGAUGUGUUGAAAGAUUUCAUGAAGUUGAGGCGUUUGAGAUUUUUAUUUUUUGGUGGUUAUGAAAAUGUCAAUGAACUGCCCAAGUCAAUAGGUCAAUUAAGGCACCUCCGCUACUUGAAUCUCUCUUACACUUCAAUCAAAGAAUUUCCCAAAUCUUUCUGCAUGUUGUACAAUUUACAGACAUUAGUAUUAACUAGCUGUGAACAUCUUACCAAGUUCCCCAAAAAUUUACAUCAUCUCGUUAAUUUGACAUAUCUUGAGAUGAGCCAUUGUAAAUUUUGUACCAUGCCACCACUUGGGCAGUUACCAGCUCUCAAAACUCUUUCGAUUGAAGGAUGUGAUGCAAUAGAGUUGGUGGGUCUUGAUUUUUAUGGGACUAGCUCUUCGAAAUCAUUUCCAUCGUUGGAAUCCUUGACGUUCCAAGAAAUGUCAAACUGGAAGGAAUGGUCAUUCCCAAAAGCACAUGUUGAAGUUUUUCCUAAGCUAACAUCACUUACUAUAAGUGUAUGUGAGAAACUCAGUGGAGAUUUGCCUUGCAUUUUACCAUCAUUGACAGAGCUGUAUAUUUUUCAAUGUCCAGAGCUUGCUUCUUCACUCCCAGUGAUGCCAAGUGUCACUGCAGUAGGUGUUGACCAAUGCGAGAAGAUUGGAGGAUUCAAAUCAUGUAAAAGUCUUCAAGAUUUUCCUGUCAAUUUGGAAGACCUACAUCUCAGGUAUUGUGACAAUCUAGACUUCGUACCGCCCUCUGAUUAUAAAUCUCUCCAAAAACUUUCAAUUGAUGAUAUUUCUAGCUCUUUCAAAGUGCUUUCUCUAGAUUCAUUUCCCAAUGUUAGGACUGUAGAAGUUUGUCAUUGUGAAUUGGAGUCUUUAUUAGCAUCAAACACCCAUGAAAUUCUAUCUACCCUCUCUAUCGAAGAAUGUCCUAAAUUCACAUUAUUAAUUGAUAGCAACCUUCACUGUCCAAUUCUGACUCAACUCCACUUCAUCUCUUGUGAUGCAUUAAAGUUUUUGCCUGAGCCACUGCCUAUUCUCCUCCCUUCUUUACAAGAAUUAUAUAUCUCUGGUUGUCCAGAGUUGGAAUCACUACCUACAUCUGGGUUGCCUUUCAGUUUGCGUAAGCUUACCUUUGAAAAUUGCCAUAAAUUAAAACUUUUGCCAGAUCAACAGCAUAAUAUCCUUCCUUCUUUACAAGAACUUUUCAUCUAUGGUUGUCCAGAGUUGGAAUCUCUUCCUAGAUCUUGGUUGCCUUUCAGUUUGAGUAAGUUGUACAUUAGAAACUGCACCAAGGUGAUUGCUUGUCGACAGAAUUGGAAUUUGCAAGAUCUUCCUAUUUUGACAAGCUUUGAUAUUGGAAAAUAUAAUGGUGAAGAUAUGGAGUCCUUUCUAGAGCAAGGGUCCCUGCCAACUAGUCUUACUUCCCUUCGAAUUGAGAACGUUGCUUGUCUAAAAUAUUUAGACGACAAGGGGUUUCAAGAACUCACAUCCUUAAAAGAACUAAUCAUUUAUAACUGCCCCAACUUGCAGACACUUCCGGUAAAAGGGUUGCCACCCUCUUUUGAAGGUUUACUGCCACCCUCUUUCGAAAGUUUCUUAAUGAUUGGUUGCCCUUUGCUUGAAGCAAAGUAUGAGUGGGAGAAAGAAUACAGAAAUAGUUGGUCGAAGAUUUCUUGCAUCCCUCAGCCUCAAGUUACCAUCAGCAGGCAGCCUCAAGUGCCCAUCAGUCGACGAGGGCUUUUAAUUAAGCCAUCCUUUAGCUGCUAUGAGUGA